GUCAAACAUGGCGAUUCUUCCAUCAGCAUCAACUGUCGCUGCUGUAUGCUUUCCGCUCUUUUGUCGUAUUCAACUUAUCUGUGCCACCUUCAUAACCCAAUGCGACGCUACAAAGCAUGUGCAAUUUAUGCGCUACUCUCCGACUCUCCUAUGCGCACAACAUGGCGGGAGUGCCUUGACUGAGCUCGCAAUGGUGAUUUCGUCCCACAGACCCUUUGCAUGACACU